AUGUCAUUCGUACCAAACCAAGAGAACCGUCGACCACGUUGGUAUUUUGGUGGUGUCGCUGCUGUUAUUGCGGGGGCAGCAACCUUUCCAUUGGAUACGAUUAAGGUGGUCCUUCAAACUCGUCCGGGUAAUUUGCCUGCAACUCGAGUAAUCUCAAAACUUAUACGUGAAAAUGGCAUAUUGAGCUUAUACAGAGGUUUGACUGGAUCCUUGUUGCGGAAUAUGUCCAAUGCAGGAAUACGAUAUUGUGUCUACGAAACCUGUGACUCGCACAUAUGCACUCGCACCACGUCGGAGAAAGUCAUGUUGACUGGUGUGGCCGCCACAAUAGGUGGUUUGGUGGGCAGUCCUGCUGAUAUGGUCUGCGUGCAUAUGCAAAACGAUCUCAAUUUGCCCUACCACGAAAGAAGAAAGUAAGAGGGAAUAAAAAGGGGGGAAAAAAAAUUACGAAAAUUUUUUUUUACGUAGCUAUAAAAAUGCCGUCGAAGGUCUUCGCCAUGUGGUUCAGCGGGGAGGCUUUAAAAAAUUAUUCCGUGGCGUUGGACUUUCAACUUGCAGGUCUGUUUUAAUGACUGUUGGUCAACUUGCAUUCCUCGAUCAAAUGGAAGAUGUAAGC